AUGUCCUCCAGGGAGGAAGUGGGCGGGUCUAUGGAGCCGAGCAGGGACCUGAUUGGUCUGUCCUCAGAGCCACUGUCCAUUGAGAGGGUCUACAGCUCAGCCGUCAGCCCCUCCUGUGGGGCAGUGGCCCUCUUCAUAGGAACGACUCGGGAGCACUUUGAAGGCAGACGGGUGAUUCGUUUGGAGUACGAAGCCUAUGAGCCCAUGGUCAAAUCGGAACUGUCUGCAGUGUGUCGUGACAUCAGAUCUCGCUGGCCAAUGGUGAAGCACAUCUGCAUCCAGCAUCGUCUCGGGCUGGUUCCGGUUGCUGAGGCGAGCGUUGCCAUAGCGAUCUCCUCGCCACAUCGCUGCGAGGCCCAAGAGGCUGUGGGCUACUGCAUCAAUGCUCUCAAGGCCAGCGCCCCAAUCUGGAAGAAGGAAGUUUAUGAAUCUGAAGAAUCGAAGUGGAAGGAAAAUCCUGAAUGUGGCUGGUCUGGAAACAGCUGAAGUGGCUGGCCUAGAAUAGGCUGAAGUGGCUGGUCUAGAAUAGGCUGAAGUGGCUGGUCUAGAAUAGGCUGAAGUGGCUGGUCUAGAAUAGGCUGAAGUGGCUGGUCUAGAAUAGGCUGAAAUGGCUGGUCUAGAUUAGGCUGAAGUGGCUGGUCUAGAAUAGGCUGAAGUGGCUGGUCUAGACAUCCACAAGUAGUUCUAGGCUGUCAUUUAUGCUUUGUUUCUGAGAAACUGAAUUUUGGGUUUUCAUGAGCUGGAAGCCAUAAAGAACAUUAAAACAAAUAAAUGCUUGAAAUAUUUCACUUUGGGUGUAAUGAAUCCGUAUAAUAUGAGUUUCACU